AUGGCUAGACUGUGGUAUAAACUGAUGAGAUUGCAAGCUCCCCUAAGUAGACUGAGCAAACAGUUUUCAAACCUCCAGCAGACCAUUGUUCAAGCAAGGAAUGAUUUAUUACAAACCCAGGAAAGUCUCAUAAUGGACAUAAUGAAUACUGAGAUCACUGAGAAAGUUAAAACCUGUACUGAUGAAUUGAACCAUCUGCAAGAACUUCAGGACCAAAUGCUGAGACAGAGGAUAAAGAUUAAUUGGCUUAGAUAA